ACUCAUGCAGGAUGUCACGGCGAGUGGGACAACGUUUCAUGUUGGCCGAGCGCCGCGGUCGGCGAUGUGCUGACCUUACACUGUCCCACCCCCUUCCUGCUGCUUUUUCACAAGAACGGCAACCUCAGCAGGAACUGUACAGAGAGUGGCUGGUCCACCGUCUAUCCCGACUACAUCAUCACCUGCACAAGCACCUUAGAGACCCCAGAGACAACCAAAAGGCUGGUCUUCUACAAGGCGGUGCAGAUUCUGUCCAAUCUGGGCCACAGCCUGUCAAUCAUCACUCUGCUAACCAGCACCAUCAUCAUCUGUUUGUUCAGGAGACUCCACUGCAUGAGGAACUACAUCCAUCUGAACUUGUUCGUGUCGUUCAUCCUGCGCGCCGUCGCAGUGCUCGUCAAAGACACCCUGCUCUUCUCGUAUGGUGAAACCACAGACUGCAGCCAACAGCCCUCGCUGGUGGGCUGUAAGGCCAGCCUGAUCUUCUUCCAGUACUUCAUCUUAGCUAACUUCUUCUGGCUGCUGGUUGAAGGUCUUUACCUUCACACGCUGCUGCUCGUCCUCCCCACCUACUCCUUCCGCCUCUCCAUCUACAUGCUCAUCGGCUGGGGAAUCCCUCUUGUGUUCAUCGUGGCAUGGAUCAUUUGUAGGAUAUACAUGGAGGACAUGGGGUGUUGGGAGAUGAACAACACCCCCAUACCAAACAGAGUGAUCAACUGGCCCAUCAUGGCAUCUAUCAUUAUCAAUUUCAUCCUGUUCAUCAGCAUCAUCCGCAUCCUGGUGCAGAAACUGCGCAGCUGUGAUGUGGGCGGAAACGAUCAAUGCCAAUACAAGCGCCUGGCUAAGUCCACACUCCUGCUGAUCCCUCUGUUUGGGGUGUAUUACGUGGUGUUUUUCUACCUGAUGGAACCGGAAAAUGAAAACGUGAAGCAAGUGAAGAUCUUCUUCGACCUCGGCCUCGGAUCAUUCCAGGGUCUAAUUGUAGCGGUUCUCUACUGUUUCCUCAAUAGCGAGGUUCAGAGUGAGCUGAGGAGGACAUGGAAGUGUUUUUCUGUAAAGCGCUGCGUGGGACAGGACUUCAGGCUCCACAGCGUGAACCAAAAUGGUACAGAAAGCUCGACCCAGUGUUCUAGAAACUCCCGAGCCCAGUCCAUCCUGCAGACUGAGAUCACCGGGCUGUGAUCUGCGACACAAACAGCCUGUUUUGUUAAAGACUUUGAGAACGGGCGCUCGUGUUCGGUCAGUGUGGAGGAAUUAUACUUAACCUCGCUUUUAUAGACAUAUCGCCUGAUGCUGCAGGGACUGAACUUGUGGCUUGCAAACGUUUUUGAGGUGAAAGACUUCAUAUUGGACCGUCAAACCUCCCGGAGAUAUAUAUAUAUAUUUUUCCACAUCGGCGUGAGAUUUCACAAUGAUCUUUAACAUUUUUAAACACAUAACGGAUGAAACAGUGCCUCCUAUAAUGUUUCCAGAACAACAAAUUCAUUUUUAUAAUUAUUCUCCACAUCCAAAGAAUGACUAACUGACUUGAAAAAAUAGUUUUCAAAUAGUUAAUGCACAAAUUAAGACUUACAUAAAAAUGCUAAAUCCAUAUUGGAGAAAGAAACCAUACAGUUUAUAUACCUGAAGGUAGAUGUAUACAGAAAUAUUCAUAUUUUAUGUUUAGUUUUAUAGGGCUGAUCUAGUUCUUCCUUUCAUAUAAGCUUUUCUUUUUUUAACUGAUAUGCAGAGUAUGUUUGGUUAAUAAGGUUCAUCCAUACCUGCUGAUUAGUGCUAAGUAAAAAAAGAAUCCACCUCAUAAUAAAAAAGCCGUACCUAUAUUUACAUGGCUGAGUUAUCUACAGUUGUACAGUUGAUAUGAAGGAAGAAAUUAAUUAUAGAGACCAAACGUGUUGUUCAUAUCAGGCUGUAAACAUGCUUAUAUGUGCCGUGAAGUUGGGCAUUUUAGCAUGGCAGGCUAUGGGGAUGUGGAGCCAGCCUCACGUGGCCAGUAGAGGAACUGCAGUUUUUGGCGCAGUUUUUCAGCUCUGUUGGUUGCUACUGUGAUGUGGUAGAUGUUGCAAAUUAUGUUGCAAAUAUGCUUAUAGGUAAGCAUAUUUAUUCCUGCUUUUCAGUUCGGUCAUCUCACAGGCUGUUCAGAUCAUUAAUAUUGUAAGUUAAGACUCACUGUCCAAGAAAAGAUUCAGGAAAUAUGCAAGGGAAAGUUUUUGUUUAAAAAUCAAUUUAUGUUUUUUUUUUUAACGAAAACAAAGCUGAAAAAAUAAAAAAUAAAACCAAAUAACGGCAGCUCAAAUCCCCGACCUCUCACUUUGAAGCCCCACUGAGCUAAUUGAUUCAGACACUGAGCUGAUUAUUGACAUGGGGAAGCAGAGACCACUACUGUAUGUGGAAACAAUGUCAACAUCUGUCUGUUUUUGGUGCAGAUGGGCUACUGCAACAGAAGAAGACCAUACCCGAUGGCUCUCCUGUCAGCUAAGAGCAGGAAACUGAGGCUAUAUUUCACACGGGUUCACCAAACGUGGACAACAGAAGAUUGGAAAAAUGUUGCCUGAUCUGAUGAGUCUCGAUUUCUGCUGCCACGUUUGGAUGGUAGGGACAAAAUUUGGUAUAAACAUGAAAGGAUGGAUCCAUCCAUUCUUAGAUCGGUUCAGGCUGGUGAGCACAUCCCUUCGUGACCACGGUGUACCCAUUUUCUGAUCGCUGCUUCCAGCAGGAUCAUCUCAACCUGGAUUCUUGAACAUGACAAUGAUGUCACUGCACUCAAAUCGGCUCCACAGUCACCAGAUAUCAAUCCAGUAGAGAACCUUAGGGAUGUAGUGGAACAGGAAAUUGGUAGUGGAUGUGAAGCCCACAAAACUGGAGUGACUAUGUGAUGCUAUCAUGUUAAUAUGAUCCUAAACCUUAAAAGAAAGAACAGGAGGUUCAAUCAGGUACUAAGAAGGGGUUAUUAUUAGUGUUAGGAGCAGGGUAAGUUACCACAGUGAUGUAGCCACGUAAACAGAGAUCCACCUUCACCUCCAGACUUUAAGCUCAACAUACUGCAGCCUUCUGAUCUAUUACUGUAAUUUCACUUUGCAGUGCACCCCUCUGUUUUGACUGGCAAGAUAUCAUUGGUGUUUCCUGGGUAACUGUAGCUCUUGUCACUCUUCAUUUUUUCAUGUUUUGAAUGCAUUUGAUAACAAUGUGUGUUUAAGUUGGUACCAAAUUCAGGGCUCAACAAAAACGGCUGUCUGAACAGCACGUUAUCGUCAGUAAUUUCACUAUGAUCCUCUUGAAGUUCAGUUUUUUCCUGAAAGUCUAUCAUGGAUCAUUGUUGUUUUACAUUUAAUUUAAUAAGGCCUACCACACCUGUUAAAUGUAUUGUUUUUUCAGUAACUCCAUUUACUUUCCCUUAUCACGUCAGCAGGGAAUGAACGUGAUAGCAUUCAAUUUGAGAUAAAAUUAGAAUACAGAUGCUUCACUUUAAGGGUGAUCAGUGUUUCCCACACACAGAAUGUUCUCAUCCAAACGAACUCACCGUAACAGAGUUUUAUCAGCGCCUUGAGGCGACAGUUUGGAUUUGGCACUAUACAAAUAAAAUGGAUUUGAUUUGAAUUAAAGCCAAAAACCAUGCUUGCCUUGUACAUAGACUGUUUUGUAUUAUUUUUCUUUCUUUUUUAUACAGUGGAGAGUAUAUCGCUGGCUGAUUGUAAAAUGUAGAGAAAGACAUCGUUGUUAAAUUUGUAAGCUUUUGAUCACAACUGUAAACCUGUGAUUCCAUAUGUUUAAUCCAUAAAAGCUUUUUUUAUCGUGGAAAUGAAGCUCUGUUUGUUCAAUCACACAAACUGAAUCCUUUUAAAUGUUUUUUCUUCCAUAUUUGCAGAUAUUUUCUCAUCUUAUGUUUAUGUUUCUGUGAAGUAGCAUAACAUAAGCAGCAUGAAAGGUGAUAGUAAGACAGCAUCUGCAGACAGUUCAAGUUUCUUUUAAGUGUCCUCUAUUUUCUGGCGUCGCCUUUCAACAAUUAUCUCACAAAAACAUCUGAAGCUGUGAGGCAAAAUCUCACCUGCUUUAUAUAAAUUCCACUCACACCUGGAUCUCAUUAACCUCUACCAUUGGGAAAACAGGGUAGACUAAAUAACACAGUCUAGACAAAGAAACAGGAAUAAAAUCAUUUUUCCACUUAACAAACUCAUUCACCCAACUAAACAGUUUGAAAAGUCACUCUUCACCUAAUCUGACUCAUGAGGUUAUUUUAAAUGAAAUAAACAAUUUUACACAAAAGAAACACCCCUUCAUUUGGUUACACCCAAUUGACAUGCUCAGUGACAUCAUAUCCUAUAAAAUCAGGAAGUACUGGGGCGGCCCUUCCCACAUACCUGUUUUACACAUAGGACCUGCUCAAAGGAACACACAAUGCUAAGUAUAACCAAACUACAUAAACAAAUGAAAGAUUCAAAUCAAUUAAUGAUGAAGUGACAUUUAGCUUUAAGUACAUUUGCACAGAUGACAUAAAUAUAACCAAUGCUACCACAAACAGACCCGGGAUAGUAUGUAGAGCCAAGGUUACAUGUGCUGUGUUUACAUUAAAGCAUUAUGACAGACUAUAGGAUAACAGAACACAGAAUAACAAUAUACGCAAGUGGCAAAUGAAUUCUGUCCUAGCCACUUUGUCACAGUUUCCAGCGGGCACAGUUAAAGGCAUCAGUUCGCAUCAGACCUGUGAGGUCAAAGGUCAGAGGUCAGUGAGGGUAUAUUGCUUCACUAGUUAACAGAAAAAAACCAACCUGUGUUAUUGUUGCCGCUCUUUACUUUUCCUGUAUUUACUUUAGAUUGUGACGCAUUUGAGCAGAAUGGAGUUACACAAUUAUGAGCUGGACAGAGUCAAAGAAAGCGAAACUGAUAACUGGGAAAUGUGACUGGUAGGUUCAGAUGUCUCAUGAAAGCCUUAAAAAAUACAGCUCCAAAAAAAGAAAGAAAAGAAGGAACACUCAAUUAUUAUGGCAUAACCAAAGUCAGUUAAACCUCAGGGAUAUCAGUCUGUUCACUUAGGAAACCAGUUCAGCUGCUUUGGUGAAAGUGAAAGUAACAACAGAUGCAACAGGACAACAGCCAAACCCCCCAAAAAGAAAAUGAUUUAGGAGGCAGUGACCACAGACUAUUGCUCCCUCCUCAUCCCUCCAGACUGAUACGUCUCUAGUUUUCCUUUUUUGCUACUGUUGUUAGUAUUAGUAACAGGAGACGCUAGCUACAGCUCAUUGACAUUGCACAGACAGUCCAGCUUGUCCAGGAUGUCACAGUCUCAAGAGUGUGGAGGACAUACCAGGAUGUGGGCUUUAGCAUGGCUGUUGAAGGGCAUCGCCCACCACCAUCAUCGGUCUCUGCAUCUUUGUGCAGAAGGAAUGGAAGAUAGAGUAAAAACACAAUAUGCUUUUUUUUAUUCUUGAUUUUGUGCCAAGUCAUCAAAUAAAUCUUAAUUACGAAAAAUGAUAACAGCUCAGCCCUGCCUAACUUUGAACCUGUGUCAUGUACGAUACAUAUCACAGAUCCUCACAUGUGAGGACCCUCACUGAUAUGCUCUGCAGUUACUACGCAGCCCUGCCUAACGUUAUCCUCACCAAAGUCUCAACCUGAACCUUUAAACAGCUGUUUGGGGACUGCUGGGUGAAACAGGGGGAAUGUGCUCACUCUACUGGGCUAAAACUUAAUUUAAGAUACAAGGAUGAAAGGAGCCCCUUCGCUUCACAUGAUCUUUUCUUUUUGUUCCCCUGAGAAACUCCCAUCUGCUUUUCCAUCUGUGCUGCCCGCCCUCUUUUCAUCCUCCAGUCACUGUUCCUCUCAUCUUACCUGCAGUCAAGCUGAAGACGUGAACCUCGAAUCAGUUAUGUGGUGAUACAGACACAUACACAAACUAGGACAUGAGUAAAGUUUAACUUAGGAUUUCCUAAUUCCUCAGCUCUAAAAUGUUUUUUAAUUAGAUUUUAAAGGAAAUAAGAAAUGUUUAAGGGGUUUAAAUCAAAAGGCAUCCACCUUGGAGCUCAAGUUGCUAACAUGAGCACAGAGAGACAAUGAUGCUGGUAACUAUUGGAAGUUCAAUUGACAAUAUAAAACCCAAAGAUAUACAAGGGAUAGAAGAAUCUAAACAUAAUUUGGGAAGAAAAAUAAUUUAAAAAGUAAUACUAAACAAUCUUUCCGAAAACAGUUAUGCAAACAAUAAAUCUGCAAGCCGAAUAGUUGCUGAGGAAUAAUUUGAGCAAUUGUUUAAACUCGUGUUUAUGUGAGCUGCCGUCCCCUGGUGGUCACUGAAGGUACUUCAGGUGCAAGAUGUUAUUUGUAGAUUUUAAAAAAAAGAA